GACCUGACUUGGCUCUGCGCGGCGAAGGAUGGCUGUGCCGGACCUCUGAUCCCAGCCCAGCCCUGCAGCGGCCCAUGGACGGCAAAGCCUCCCCGACCACGGCAUCGCCCAGCAGUGUCCCCCCCAGCCUCCAUGCCUCCAUAGUCAGCAGCAUCUUCGGUGCCCGACCUCCGCAGCCUCCAGAAAGUGUCCUUGGCAUUAGCUUCAAGCCCUACAGCCCAGGGUCCAGCGCAGCCCUGACCCCCUGCACGACCUGUGAGAGCACACGAUCCUCCAUGUUCAGAGCUCCCUGCAUGAGCCAGCGACGGCUUGCACUCAUCUUCUGCGUCUCCAUCCUCAUCGUGCUGCUCAUCGCCCUCAUCCUGCUGUUUAUGUUCUGGCGGUCGCAGACCGGCAUCGUGUACAAGGAGCCGGCCGAGAGCUGCAAGGACAGCCCCGUGCGCUGCGACGGCGUCGUCGACUGCUCCCAGAGGAGCGACGAGCUGGGCUGCGUGCGCUUCGCGUCCGACGGGUCCUUGCUCCACGUCUACUCCAGCGCGGAGAGCCAGUGGCUGCCGGUGUGCAGCAGCGCCUGGGACGACUCCUUCUCCAGAAAGACCUGCCGCCAGCUGGGAUUUCAGAAUGUGUCACAGACGGAAUACAUCCCCCUGCACCUCCCUGGCAAGAGCCUCACCGUGACCAACGAGCGAGACACCAUCCAGCAGAGCCUCAACAGCUCGCAGUGUCUCACGGGAAAGUAUGUCUCCCUCCGAUGCACAACCUGUGGGCAGAGGAUUUCUGGCCGGAUCAUCGGUGGAAAGGAAACCUCGGUGAACAAAUGGCCCUGGCAGGUCAGCGUGCAGUACGGGCCGAUCCACAUCUGCGGUGGCACCAUCAUCGACGCGCAGUGGGUCCUCACCGCAGCCCACUGCUUCUUCAUGAACAGCAUGAAGAUCCUCGAUGACUGGAAGGUGUACGGCGGGGUCUCAGACCUGAAGCAGCAUGGAGAGGGCAUCCCCGUCUCCCAGGUCAUCAUCAACUCCAACUACAGCGACGAUCACGAUGACUAUGACAUCGCCCUCAUGAAGCUCUCCAGGCCGCUGACGCUCUCAGCUCAGGUUCGCCCGGCCUGCCUCCCCAUGUACGGCCAGCGAUUCCAGACCGGCAGGUCCUGCUUCAUCACCGGCUUCGGGAAGACCAGGGAGAACGAAGAUAACACCUCCCCGAAGCUGCGGGAGGCAGAGGUGAAGCUGAUCGACUACAAGAUCUGCAACAGCGACAAGGUGUACGAGGGCUACCUGACCCCACGCAUGAUGUGUGCCGGGUACCUGCAGGGGGGGAAGGAUGCCUGCCAGGGUGACAGUGGAGGGCCCCUGGUCUGCGAGGACAACGGUCGCUGGUAUGUGGCGGGGGUGACGAGCUGGGGGACAGGAUGUGGCCAGAAGAACAAGCCUGGUGUUUACACAUGCGUGACAAAGCUCCUCAGCUGGAUAUACAGCAAAAUGGAGAGUGAGAACAACUAAGACUGGGAUGGAGACUUGCCCGGACCGUGCCCCUCCGGCUGGCACGGGCUCCUGCCCUCGGAGGCCACCAGGGCAUGAUGCUCCCAGCAGAUCCCCUCACCUCUCUCUGGACUGUCCGUGCAGCCAGGGGCAUGUCGCUGCCCCCGACCUCUGAAAAUACAGUGUCUACAAAGUGACUCUGCCCUCGCCCAGUGCUGGGGAGGUGGCCUGGUGGCAGCUGGGCACAGCACCCAGCCAGCCCCGGGCUCGCAGCGCGCAGGGGGCAGUAGCCUGUGCCGGCGGCUGGCCGUGCCGGCUGGCAGGCGCCUCCUCGCCCUGUGUCUGUGGUUCUCCUCGUGUAAAUAGAUGUGUCCGGACCGGG